AUGCUUCUGUCUGUUACUUUUUUCUUUCAGAUUUUCUCUCUAAUUCAGCUCCUGAUAGGGAUUGUUGGAAACCUAUUGAUCAUGACAGUCAAUUGUAGGACCUGGAUUAAAAGUAAAAACCUUUCCUCCUUUGAUAUGAUCCUGUCUAGUCUCUCCAUCACCAGAUGCAUAUGUCUGUGUCUAAUAUGCCUGUACUUAUCGUCGACCUUACUUUUUCCAAAGAAUGAGUGCCAUAAGCUUAUGUACUCUAUAAUUUUGACCGCCUGGUUAUUCUUGGAUUCCUGCAGCCUCUGGAUUGUGACCUUGCUCAACAUCUUUUAUUGUGUGAAGAUUGCCAACUUCAAUCAUUCUUCAUUUCUCUGGCUAAAGCGAAAUAUAUCCUUGAAGACACCCUGGCUGUUGCUAGCAUGUCUACUGGUUCCUGUCUCUUCACAUUUUCUGAUUAUGUUGGUCAGCAAAAUCCCUAACUUCAUUGGUUCCUCUAAGGAGAACGUGAGGAACAGCACCAUGGUCCACACCAGUGGCUCCUUCCUUGUGGUGGUCUCUCUAGGAUUGAGUUUCAGUCUCCAGUUUGUCAUCAAUUUGGUUUCCUGUUCCUUGUUAAUCUCUUCCCUGAGGAGGCAUAUACAAGAGAUGCAGAAAAAUGCCAGCAGCUUUUGGAACCCCCAGACUGAAGCUCAUGUAGGUACUAUGAAAGUUAUGAUUUAUUUUCUCAUUCUCUAUGUUCCUUACUCCAUUGCUCGACUGAUUACCUUUUUCCCUUCCUAUGGGAUAAAAAAUUAUUGGAUCAAAGGCAUAUCAACAAUGAUCAACUGCACUUACUCUCCAGGACAUACUAUCUUCAUUAUGCUAUUGCACCCUAAACUCAAAGCAAGAAUAAAGAACAUUCUAUGGUGCAAUUGA